UCAUUAAAAGUAGAGUGCGUGUUCGUUACCGUAGGGACCACCAGCUUCGACGACCUCAUUGCGUGCCUCUCGGCACACGACAGCCUGCAAAUAAUCAAGAGCCUUGGUUACGACCGACUUAUUCUCCAAAUCGGUAGAGGAACGGUAGCACCUGAACCGUUCAGUACUGAGUCCUUUACUCUGGAUGUGUACAGGUACAAGGAUUCCUUGAAAGAAGACCUUCAGAAGGCAGAUCUUGUUAUUAGUCACGCAGGUGCAGGAAGCUGUUUGGAGACUCUGGAAAAAGGAAAGCCACUUGUAGUAGUUAUAAAUGAAAAGUUGAUGAACAAUCAUCAGCUGGAAUUGGCAAAGCAACUGCACAAAGACGGAUAUCUCUUCUACUGUACUUGCAGCACACUUCCUGGGCUGUUACAGUCAAUGGACUUAUCAACAUUGAAAUGUUAUCCUCCUGGCCAGUCAGAAAAAUUUUCUGCAUUUUUGGAUAAAGUUGUUGGAUUACAAAAAUAAACACUAAACUUUCAAUACUUUAAAAACACCCCAAA